AUGGGUGCUGACAUACAGGUACAUAGGUACGGUAUCAACAAUUUUGUGUAUACUGCGAGGAGGCCCUUUCACCCUCGUCACCUUUUUGCUCUUCUUCAUGAUAAAUUCAUCCUUCUCCAACAUAGCGAAGGAGGAGACGAGGACGAAGACAACGAAGGUAACGAAGGUGAUAAAAUGGAUCUGGACGACGACGAGGAGGAGGAUGAAGACACAGAGAAACAGGGUGUGAGCGGGUUUGAACAACCUGAUCCUGCAAUAAUACUUGCAAAUAAGCGUUCACACGCCUUUGGGCCUGUGCUACGCUCCAAGGGAUUCUUCUGGCUUGCAACUCGUCCCCUCCAGUUUGGAGAAUGGAGCCAGGCAGGGGGUAUGUUAACAGUAAGCUGCGGUGGUCCGUGGUUUGCCGAAGUGCCCAGCGAUGCCUGGCCGGAGGAUGAAGACGUCCGCAAAUCAAUUGAAAACGACUUCAAAGGCCCUUGGGGUGACAGAAGACAGGAGCUGGUGUUCAUCGGCGAGGGAAUUGAUAUAGAGAAGAUCACUGCUCUCCUAGACGAUUGUCUGCUCGAUGACAAGGAGAUGGCUAGGUGGGAGCGUGUCAUGGGGAACAAGGAGUUGUCUAGAGACGAGAAAGCAGAACUACUGGGGACUAUGUGGGAAGAUGGCUGGGAAGACUGGCCUUCUUUUGAAAUCGAGGGAGAAGACGAGGACGAGGAGGAUAUCGAGGAGACGAAGCCAAAGCAUUACAUUAGUGAUUAUCUGGGCCCUGCUAAGAAGGACGGCCAUAAGCACCAUCAUCACCACCACCACCAUAAAAAGGGUGAGCACAAAAAGGGUGCAAAGGCUACCUGA